UAACGUAUACGCACUGAGGCAAUAUAUGCUGCAUGGAUUAAACAUUAGCCGCCACAUCCAUUAAUGAUUGCCGCUACAUUUCGUCACCUGGAGCAUUUUCUCUCAAGUAUCCCAUACAUGGCGACGUAUUUGCCAAAAAGCGGGAAUUUUCAUCCAACAUAAUUGUGCCGUCGGUAUCGUGGUGUUAGUGUGUAUUAGCAAACAUGCCCAUAUUGUACUGUCGGUAUUGUUCCUGAACUGCGCAUGUGAUCGUGAUAUUGCGUUAUUGGAUGGUCCAACAUAUGUCUGGUUGUGGUUACUGGCGGAAGGUUGCACCGCUUGUACAGCCUGAUUCAGGAUUGCAGUUUUCCUCUAUUACAUACAGAAUGAUUUUAAUAGUGCCUUUGUGCCUGGGCACGGUAUCUCCAUACAAAUUGCAGAAAAAACUACAAUUGCGGCUUGUAUGAAUGUGCCGGCGUUCAUAAUCCAGCGAUCAAUUUCUCGACAAGGUCGCACGUACGCCGUGUGUUAUGAACUUGUACAUUUCUUAUAUUCAACACUGUAAUAACCGCUUAGAUUUGCUCGGUACAUUUUGUGAUAAAUAAAACCGGAAAUCAUCGGGAUUUAUGUUCCCACACCGUCUACAAAGGAGGAUCUUUUCGUUGUUUUGCAUGCAUAGUUUUGAUUUCCGCUGACCGUUGAAAAGAAUCACUCAUCCACAGCUGCAUUCGACCCAGUGUGUGUCGCUGCAAUGGCGUCCAGUCCCAGUCGCAGUCCACGGCAUGAACCCAUACCAGAGAAUGGACAUAUUCCAUUAAAGCGUAAUGAUGCCACGACAUCCAGUGAGCGAUGGAGCAAGAAAGAGGGAAGCAGUCGCUCAAAAUCCGACCGCCGUCCCGCCCGAUAUCGAAACUGGGAUAAUCCAAUGAACCGGCGAGCUUUCUCUUUGAACUUGAAAUCCGAACGGCAUUAUAGCUUCGACAUAACCGGGACACGGGAAUCCAUCAAUUUGUUGAAGAAUGUUGUCAGCUUAACGAGAGAAGAAUUAGCUAGUAAAAGAUUAGAAAUCAAGUACUCGCCACGCCUCGAUGAGUACCGGCGUCCCAACGAUGCCGGUUUUGUCAAACUGAAAGAAAUGACAUCGCCAAAAAAGUUCAAAGGUCCAGCGCCGCCAUUUACAAUUGCCGACGCCAUUGGAAAAAAACCCGAUCGGUUCUCGCUGACAGUAACUGUUGCGGAAAAAAGCGCAGUGCGUUCGAAAAAAGGCUAUGGUAAUACUGGAAAGUUCCAAUCUGUCACUCUUGUGGAUGCCACCGGCAUCUUGCCCAUGUGGAUUAAUGAACAGUUCCUCGUCACGUAUGGAGAACAACUGAUCGUUGGAACCAGUUAUAAUUUGCGGUUUGAGAAAGGAACAAUUCAACCAGGAAAAUCGAGUGUGGACGGAAGUUGCUACUUCAUUCCAAGCGUGAAUCCUGGAUACGGAUUGGAAAUCAUCAAACUGGAAGACCAAGAUGGAUUACUGAAAGCGGGAACGCUGGCUGAGCAUGGCAAGGUUACUGUGAGCUUCCGUCAGCCAUCUGCGUACGUCAUUGCUACCUGCAGUGCUAGACCAGUGGAUCUGGGGACAGUUGAAACCGAAAGUCAGUGUGGGUUCUGUGACUGCAAGUUGUUGGAUGAACCUCAUACCGGAAACUCGUUUUGUUCUGGAUGUCAAAAAGAGCCAGAAGGCAAUGCCAAGACUUAUUACAAGCCAACGCAGGUUACUUUAGUAGAUCAAAGCGGUCAACUGGAUGUGGUAGCUGGAGAUUCCAUUCUGUCGAAAUUUUUCGGGAAAGCAACGGCAUUGCCAACGGCUGAUUAUGAUUGGACAUCAAAAACAACCAAUAUCUUGAAACGCCAGUGGACGAACACAGCGGAUGGACCAGUUAACCGCUGGCAUUGGAUUGAUAUGAAGAACGAGGUAACCAAAUCAAAGAGCGGUGGACCUGGAACCGGAAAACAGCAAGAAAAACAUGGGAAUGCGGAUCAGAAGAAUAACAGUGGUCGAGACAAUCGCAAGGGAGGCUGCAACAAUUGA